UUUUUUUCAUAGAUGUCAGAUGACCACAACACAAAUACUCCAGGCUAUCAUGUUGGUCAACAACUUGCAGAAAGCUCUGUGCCAUUGUUGAAGGAAAGAAGUUCUGAUGAAUGGUGUAUUCUGGGAAUGUCCUUGUAUUAUGAGGGACGUGUCCAAGCAGCCUUUAUAGCCAUCAUUGUAAAUGCUCUGCGAUAUAAUCCCAAUCACGAGACCAGUAGAGCUUUUGCACCGAGGCUUGUGACUCUGAAAUGGUUCCUGGAUGAUGCGCGCAGAGCUUUUGAGAAUGGGAUACCACUACUAGCGCAUCGUUUGUAUUCUCAAGCGUUGGAUGUUGACCCUAUGAACAAGGCCGUUUGUGCAAAUCUGUACUACAAAAGGGGGUUCAUUAUGUGCACGUUAAAGAUGGUUCCACAAGCCAUUAUGGAUUUCACAGAAGCCAUUGAGUUGGAUGGAAGUCAUCUGAAAGCACACCUUUUCAGGGCGAAGUGUUACCUCGCAAUUGGACAAUAUGAGAAAGCCAGUAAAGCAUAUUAUGAAAUCUUCGCCAUGACUGGCAUACCAGAGUAUUAUCGAUUAUCUGAAGAAGCAUACAAUGCGAAGUGUAACCUCCGUUUUGCCCUCUUUACGCUAUCGCUGACUGAAGAUUGUUCAGUCUUGGACGUGAAGAAAGCCUUUCGUAGGGAGGCGCGACUGCAUCACCCAGAUCGCCAUGCGGGGGCCAGUAAUAAGAUACAAGAAAGAGAAGAGGAAACAUUCAAGCAGGUACAACGAGCCCGUCAAUUUCUCCUUGAUUUUCUGAAGAGGAAGAAUCGUUUCAACAAUCACCAAGUGUGGUUUUCAAACACAGAUUAUUUUGAGCUCUGAAUAAGCUCAAUUAAUCCAAGAUCAACCAAUUUCAAGAACAACACUGACAGUGGGUACUAAGCAAAAAACGUUAUGAUUUUAUCUCUUUUUUAUCAUACUUAUGCACAUGAGACUAACAUCUAUCUCACUAGUACCUCCUGAUUUAUAUACGCAGGUCGCACCCACUCAUAACAAACAUAUAAAUAAUCUACAUAAAUUAAAUAAUUCUAAUGCUUGUGGCAAGCAAUUAUUUUAUUGUAUUGUACAACGUAACUGCAUGUUUUAGUGGUUAAAUAUGGCAAAUUAAAGCCGUUAAAUUAAUAAUUAUUUAAAUUAAAUCUUAGUAUUGGUAAAUAGACAAUAGUGCACAGAGAUGGGGCGUAGCUUGGGUGGAGUUGAAGGUAUUUUUUUGCCAAGGUUCUUUGCAAAGUAUGUAAAGUAUGAGCCAGGUGCACAGGACCACCUAAAAACUUUUUAUCUUUGAAAACAAAUACAUGAAACAGUGGUUGUCAAAUAGUGCAGUUAAUGUACUUUUCCUGGCAUUUUUCAUGUUUGCGCUACAAAAAUAAAUAAAUACAACAUUGAAAGGGUGUCCCAUCCCCCACCCCAUAGUUA